GUUAGACACGCCUUAGAUAGACCUGCGAGCUACUGGGUCACUUCUCUCUCUGCUGAUUUAGUAGCCUAGCACUUAACGAAGGACUCUCUGAGAAGCCCAUUUUAUUCAAUUAUAAAUAAGCUUGAAUCAGUACCAAAUUAUGAAUCCGAAUAGGAGCGCUGACAUAUGGACGGCGCCAAACACUGGACCGAACCACAGAGUGAACCAAACGCAAAUGGGUGGAAAUGAGAAUGACUCCACAAACCAAAACACACAGCCUCAAGGUUCUCGGAAUCCGACACACUCUGAUGGAUACACCAUGAUUCCACCGAAUGAAUCAAGACGGGACAAACUGCUGAGGAUGUCACAGAAAGAACUGGAGGAUCACCAGAGAUGGAAGGAGGAACAUCGGCCUGGCCCCAUUCAGUUGGCCCCAGAGAAGCUAGGUGGGGAUGUAUCAUUGUCAGAGGUACGACAGCGACAGCAGGUGAUGAACCCCCAGUCUAAACUCCAGAAAAAGCUCAAACAACAGGAAAUGAACAGACAAAAAAGGCAAGCAGAGGAAGAAGAGAAUCAGAAGAAGAAGGCCAUUCAGAGAGAGAAGGCCAACAUUCUCGAAAUGAAGAAAAAGCGGGAGGAGGAACGGAGAAGGGAGCUGUACCAACAAGAACUUCUAAUGAAAAGAGAAGCGCAUCUUCAAAGGCUCGAGAAGUCCCGCUCAGUUCCUAUGGCAGCGAGCAGCUCCGCACCCGCGUCAUCUUGGACUCGAGCGCACGAAUACAGGGAGGCCAGGAAGGCCGAGGAUCAGGUGACCCUACAGCAGAACAAAGAUGAGCAAAGGAGAAAGAGUCAAAUUUUGGAAGAAAAACAUAAACAAGAAGAGGAGGACAGGAAAAGACGAAUGGAAAAUGAACAUCUGCGGGUGAACUUGGCCUUCCUAGACAGACUGGAGGCGAGAGGAUCAGGUAGUACGUCUGAGUUGCUCUCCUGCACGCCGGAGCUUGGUAAUGUCUGGCAGACGGAAGAACCGCAGGACCCUGCCUCAUCCCCUGUGUCCUUCCCAUCAGAGCUCCACACUGACAGCGCAGCAGAGGAGGGUAACUCAGAUUUAUGCGCCAGACAUUAUACUGACAUAGAAUGGGUUGUAAUGAAGCUUCAGACUAAGUUUCCUUUCUGUGAGCGAAAAUAUCUGGAAGACAUCGCCUCUCAGUGUAACGGCAAUUACCAGCAAGCUUAUGAUCUACUCAAUGCAUGAAUGAGAAAGUUAUUGGCUCAAAUAUUUACUGUUGGGGACACUAUAAGCUUUACUACUUUUUGUUCUCAGUUUUUUUUUUUAGCAUGAUAGUAAUUGGGCUAUUUUUUAAAAUUGUUUUUUCCAGUAACAAGCUACUUUUUCAUUAUGAAACAGUGUAGCGGUUUGUCAUACAACACCAUCUUGCUACUGUUUCCCUUUUCUCUACUAGUUCAAUGUUAGUUUUGAAUUAAGCAAAUCGCAAACUGUGCAAACUAUUGCAUCUUUCAGGAACUAAGUUUUAUAUAUGUACCCGUAAAUGUAUAUUGGGGCACAGGCCUCAGCUUUCAAUGACCUGUGUGGAGAAUAAUAAGAUCACACUAUAUGGCUACACGGGAUGCAGUUUGCACUAGUGAAGAAAACAAAACAUGUUCAUCAAUACUUAUAACUGUGAAAGAUUCACAUCGCAACGCAUGCAUGUAUAGUAGCUAGCUACUUUUACAAAUAAGUAGUUUGACUAUAGCAUAGCUAUUUUAAAUCAUGAGUUACUUGUAGUUGGGCAAUUUACAGUUGCAAAGUAAAGUUCCCAACACUACAAAACAUAUACACAAAGACAUUGAAUUCAAUAAAGGUGUUUGAGAAAGAUUCUCUGUUAAGACUUCCAUGUUCUGUAGUUUGAUCAUAAUAAAUAAAGUUUCCUCAUAACUUA